UGGCUAAGCUCAGCCAUACUCGUAUUCAGAGAAGCGUAAUCAUCUCCAAAUCACCUGAUGUCUUGAUCGGCCGCUUCUGUUGAAACUUGAAAGUUGAAAGAGAAGGCUUUUCUUGACCCCAAAAAUAAGAAAAAAACACGAAUGAGGAGCCUUUGCACGUAAGAAUAAGCAGUCGAAAGAGAAGACAACAUAACAAAAGAUGAACAGUGGGCGGAACAGGGGAAGCUUUGAACGGAAGCUUCUGCGAUGUCCCCAGAGAUUCUAAAUUCCUCCCUCUCUGUCUCUCCAAAAGCAAUCACCAGGUAGGUCUAAUUUUGACCUUUUCCUGAAAACCCUUAUCCUAUUAGCCUUUCAAAUUCUGUUUUCCUGUCGAAUGCUUUAGCCCGAAUGGCUUCGUCGGAGAUCGAGGUGGUGUCAUCGGACUCUAAAACCCCGAAAAUUUCCGAUGCACCUCUCGUUGUAGACGUGUUCUCUGCCGUAUCUUAUGGGGACUUUGAGAAAUUGAGGUCGUUUGUGGAACAAGAAGGUGCCUCCGUUUCUGUGCCUGAUUCCAAUGGCUAUUAUGCUCUCCAGUGGGCAUCCCUUUACAACUUUCCAGAUAUUGCGCAGUACAUCAUUAAGCACGGGGGCGAUGUCAACGCUACUGACAACAUGCAACAGACGGCACUGCACUGGGCGGCAGUUCGUGGUGCAACUACAGUGGCAGAUUUGCUCUUGGAGAACGGUGCUCGGCUUGAGGCUGCAGAUUUACAUGGAUACAGGGCAGUUCACGUUGCUGCUCAAUAUGGACAAACGGCUUUCUUAAAUCACAUAAUUGCAAAGUACAAUGCUGACUUUGAUGCACCCGAUUAUGAGGGAUGGAGUCCUCUUCAUUGGGCUGCCUUUAAGGGGUUUGCUGAUACAAUCCGAUUGCUUCUAUUCCGGGAUGCAUACCAAGGGAGACAAGAUAAAAAUGGUUGUACGCCUUUGCACUGGGCUGCAACAAGAGGAAAUGCAGAGGCAUGCACUGUGCUUGUACACUCAGGCACAAAGAAAGAAUUGGUGGUGAAGGACAAAGCUGGAUUCACUCCUGUACAGCUUGCACAUGAUAAAGGUCAUCGGCAUGUCGCCUUUUUCCUUUCUAAGCAACAGCGAGCUCUGAGCAACCGCUGGAGAGACAAAAUUUGUAAUGGAAGGAUGAAAGAUAUUGGUUAUGCUCCCAUCUUAUUUUGUAUUAUAAUCUUGGAAAUGUUCCUCUUCAUCAACUCAGUUGUUGCAGGUCUUUCAAUUUCAAAGAUUACUGCUGUUGUUGGUCUUUGGGCUUGGACAGCUCUUUCUCUGGCAGUUGGUAGCUUGAUUAUGUUCUAUAGGUGCAGUAGUAAAGAUCCUGGUUAUAUAAAACGACCAGGAGACUUAGGUGCUCAUGAUGAUACAGAGGAUCCUUUAUUGAAUAUUGACCUGAACAGCUCCUCUGUUUGGACAGGAAAUUGGUCUCAACUUUGCCCUACCUGCAAGAUAAUUCGAACUGUCCGAUCUAAGCAUUGCCCGACUUGUAAGCGUUGUGUGGAACAGUUUGACCACCAUUGCCCGUGGAUAUCUAACUGUGUGGGAAAGAGGAACAAAAGGGAUUUCUUUAUUUUUGUUUGCAUGGCAACUUUGACAUCAUUCAUUAGCGGUGCUGUUACGGUUCAAAGAAUUUGGACAUCAUCGAUAGGAUUGUCCGAAGGAGAAACAUGGAUCCAUCAUAUGCUAGUACAACAUCCCGGUGCUAUUGCAUUUCUGGUGCUGGACACUUUUAUUUUCAUUCCUGCUGUAACUUUGACGUCAACACAAGCUUCAAUGAUAGCUCGUAAUAUCACCACAAAUGAAGUAGCAAACUCUACUCGAUAUUGGUAUCUUCGUGGUCCUGAUGGGAAGUUCAGAAAUCCAUACAAUCACGGCUGUUGGAAGAACUGUUCCAAUUUCUUUUUUCGGGGCUAUGCAGAUGACGAUGACAUUGCUUGGCCUCCAUUAGAGCGUAUAGCGUCGACGUAGAACAAUGUCCCCUGUGGUAUCAACACAUGCUUGUAAGAUCAUUCAUUCCCAUAUUUCUAAAUUGGUAAACAUGUAUAUUGCUAGUAAUUUGCGGAUAGGUCGGUCAUUCUCUUCAACACUUGUAUGUACAUUGUAAUGCAGGGCACAAAUAAACAGUAACAUCCCUUUUGAAGGGCCUUACCGGAUUGACAUGAAUUCUAUGAAUUUUUUUCCCACUUCAUUCACCAGUGGCUUUGUCGUAAUAUUUUGGCGGGGAAUCAGAUAUAUGUAGGAAAUGCAUUCAAUCCAAGAUAGGCGAACUGAAGUGAGUAUUGACUUUUCGCCUGUGUGUGUGUUUGCACACGCUCGCGCGGGCAGCCACUGGUGACAAAAAAACAAAAACAAAAACAAAAAC